CUCAAUCAAAAUAAUUCAAGGAUUCUGAACUCAUUGAAUUUCAAUCCAAUAUUGUUUUUACUUUAUUUAUCCAUCUCGACGUCUUAUUUCACUUCAACUCAUAACGCUACAUCCAAUCAAGUCGCGUCAUGUCCAAGACCAUCACCGUUUUCGGCGCCACAGGCAACCAAGGAGGCUCUGUCGUCCACGCCAUCCUCGCAGAUCCGGUGCUCUCAAAAGAAUUCAAAGUCCGCGGCGUCACUCGCGAUGUCAAUAAGCCAAAUGCCAAAAGGCUCGCGUCCAUGGGCGUCGAGCUCGUAACAGCCGACAUGUCGUCCGCUCAAUCAGUCGCUCCCGCCGUUCAAGGCGCUCAUACCGUCUUUCUUGUGACAAAUUUCUGGGAGAGCAUGUCGGCCGACAUUGAGAUCUCCCAGGGCAAAGCCGUCGUCGACGCCUCAAAGGCUGCGGGCGUGCAGCACCUCAUCUUCUCGUCUCUCAUAAACGCCACCGAAGCCAGCAGUGGGCGUCUACCAAACAUUUUGCAUUUUGAUGGCAAAGCAGCGAUUGAAGAGUACAUCCGCCACAGCGGCCUUCCCUGCACUUUUGUCCUGCCGGGCAUGUUCAUGAGCGGCUUCGAGACGAUGAUCCAGAAGAAUCCAGAGUCCGAACCGGCAGGUUACACGCUGGCCCUGCCAGUCGAUCCGCAUAAGGCUAUAACGCCACUUUUUGACGCCGCUGGAGACACGGGGAAAUUUGUAAAGGCAGCUAUAAAAAACUUUCCUUCUCAAUCAGGAAAGCGUAUCCUGGCUGCGGCGGACUAUUACACGAUCGACCGGCUCAUUUCUGAGUUUUCUCAAGUGAUCGGCAAACCCGCCCAUGCUGUACGGAUUUCAGAUGACAAGUUUAAAUCGUUUCUAUCACCGGCUGCGGCACAAGAGCUCUUGGAGAACAUGAAGCUGCUGGAAGACCCUGGCUACUAUGCCGGUGAAUCUCUGGACGACAGUUUGGCCCUGCUGGAAGAGAAGCCGACAACUUGGAAAGAGUUUGUGGAAAAGAAUAAACACAAAUGGGCGUAAUUUCGUUCCUCGGGACGAGGGUCAGAGGUACUAGGAUAGCUUAAUUUAAAUGGUAUAUUCAGUUGCUUACAAAGUAGUAUCUAUGGGAUACCUGCUGUAUUGUUACAUUGCAACAAUGACUGCUGCCAACAGCUAAUGAUAGUGG